AUGGUGAAGAAGGUUUCAGAAGAGAGUGUAGAUAGCGGCGUGGGUCGCUGCAGUAGCCAGUCGGGCAGUGAAAGGGAAUUAGACGAUAGUCCGCGCGGGAAUGAGGCGUCGGCACCAGUCCCUAUACCCGACAGUGAAGACUUGCAGCGACGCAAGGAAGAGGCGCGUAGGAAGCGCCGCAGGAAGAAGCGCUCAGGGAGCUCCGUUGUCACGUCAUGUUUCCAAGACCUCUACAAGCUUACAGGUGAGGUUUUAGGCGAGGGCGCGUACGCUUCGGUACAGACGUGCGUGAACAUUUAUACGGGCCAAGAGUUCGCAGUGAAGAUCAUCGACAAAGUGCCGGGGCACGCCCGCGCCAGGGUGUUCCGCGAGGUGGAGACUUUCCACUACUGCCAGGGACACCCGAACAUAAUCCAGCUCAUUGAAUUCUUUGAGGACACCGACAAGUUUUAUCUUGUCUUCGAGAAGAUCAACGGCGGUCAGCUCCUGUCCCGCAUACAGGAGCACCAUUACUUCUCUGAGCCACAAGCGGCUGAGAUCGUUCGUGAGAUAGCGAACGCCUUACACUUUCUUCAUGGUAAAGGCGUUGCACACAGAGAUCUCAAGCCAGAAAAUAUAUUAUGCGUGCAUCGCGACAGACUUUGCCCAGUGAAAAUUUGUGAUUUUGAUUUAGGAAGUGGUAUAAGUUUUACGUCGAGCCUCGCCAGCCCGCUGGCUACGCCGCAGCUGAUGACGCCAGUGGGCAGCGCCGAAUUCAUGGCACCAGAAGUAGUGUCACUAUUUGCGGGCUCGGCAGCAACACAUUACGAUAAGCGUUGUGACUUGUGGUCAUUGGGUGUAAUCGCCUACAUUCUGUUGUGCGGGUACCCACCGUUCAGGGCCGACUGUGGCUCAGAUUGCGGUUGGGAACGUGGGGAGAACUGUCGCGCUUGCCAGGAGCUGCUCUUUAACUCGAUACAGGAGGGUCGCUAUUCAUUCCCCGAAGAGGAAUGGGCGGACAUAUCGAGUGAGGCGAAGGAGCUGAUAAAACAGUUGCUGGUCCGCGAGGCGUCACACCGCCUCAGCGCUGAGCGCGUACUGCAGCACCCCUGGCUGCGCUGUGCCGACCCCAGGGCUUUACACCCGCAGUUACAGACCCCUAUGAACAUUAAACGCAACAUGUCAGCGCGCAACCUGUCGAACUUCGCGGAGUCGGCGAUGGCGGUGAACCGCGUGAUCCAGCAGCACUUCUCCAUGAACUACUCGUACAUGGAGCGGCCGGCGAGCGCGGGGCGGCUGCGCGGCAGCAAGUCGUGCGCGCUGGCGUGCGGCUGCGACCCGCUGGGCGAGCUGGGGCUGUCGCCGCCGGCCGAGUCCACGCUGCUGCGGCGCCGCGCAGUGCCGGCCGAGCUGCCCGUGCACUAG